UGCAGCGAACAGCUCGAUCGUUUCGCAGUCGGCAGCGAUCACUGUCGUACUCAAAAAUACGUCUUCAUGUAUACAUGAUCAAUCGUGUUUUUGACAUUUUUCCCCCUAAACAGAUGCAUUAGUAUUUGUAAAGUAAUAAAAAAAACCAUGGCUUCGUCUUCGAGAAGGCCAGGUAACAUUAUAACGUGUUACCAGCACCCAGAUGCACCUUUGAUCGAAGACUAUCGAGCAGGUGAUCAAAUUUGCUCAACUUGUGGACUGGUUGUGGGUGAUAGAGUAAUUGAUGUAGGCUCAGAAUGGAGAACAUUUAGUAAUGAGAAGAAUGGACUUGAUCCAUCUCGCGUAGGAGGUCCAGAAAAUCCAUUACUCAAUGGAGCUGAUUUAUCAACAAUGAUUGGACCUGGUACAGGAGCAGCCUCUUUUGAUGCAUUUGGUGUUGCAAAAUAUCAAAACCGCAGAACAAUCAACAGUGGUGACAGAGCAUUGCUCCUUGCUGUUCGUGAAAUCAAUGCAAUGGCAGAUCGUAUUAAUCUACCUAAAACCAUUAUCGACAGAGCAAACAAUUUGUUUAAGCAAAUUAACGACAGUAAAAUGCUGAAAGGAAGAUCUAAUGAUGCCAUUGCAUCAGCAUGUUUAUACAUUGCCUGUAGACAAGAAGGAGUACCCCGUACAUUCAAAGAAAUCUGUGCUGUUAGUAAAUUGAGUAAAAAAGAAAUUGGACGAUGUUUUAAACUUAUUCUCAAAGCUCUUGCUACCAAAGUUGACCUUAUCACAACUGAAGAUUUCAUGUCUAGAUUUUGUUCAAAUUUAGGUUUACCUAACAUAGUUCAGCGUGCUGCAACAAAUAUUGCAAGAAAAGCUGUAGAAUUUGACAUUGUUCCUGGCAGAUCACCAAUUUCAGUUACAGCAGCAGCCAUUUUUAUGGCUUCACAAGCAUCUGAUGAUAAAAAAUCUUACAAAGAUAUUGGAGACAUUGCGGGAGUAGCAGAUGUAACUAUCAGACAAGCAUACAAGCUCAUGCUUCCACAUGCUCCAAAUUUAUUCCCGCCAGAUUUCAAAUUUGCAACGCCCAUCGAUCAGUUGCCGCCAGCGUAAAAUAAACGAGAAGAAUACAAUUAAUUUUAGUCUAGGUUAAUCAAUUUAUUGUCAUCUCAAGUAGGAAAAUAGUUUCAAGAAUUUUUACUUCUUGUACACAAAAACUAUUUGUGAUUACUGAUCUUUUAUGUGAAUUAGUAUUGUUUUAAAUUUUAUUCACGGUUAUCGAAUAAUAUAUGAUUGAGAAUAAACAUUAUCAAAGCAUGAUUAAGCAGUAUAAGUUAGAGCAGGCUCAUAAAUUGCGGAAAAUGAUUUUAAUUAGUAUUAAAAAUUUAAAGCAAAAGACAAACUUUUGAUAACGAUGAAGUAUUUCCUAAUUAUGUGCAUAAAACUUUAAUAUAUCAUAGUAACUACGAUAAUAAAUAGUUACAUUCAAAACUGUUUGUACUUUUAUUUUUUUGCCUUUUCACUUUCGCGAAAAUAUAAAUUAUACUGAAUUUGAAAAAAGAAGAAGUUUUUAGAACUCCGAUAAAAUCUCCCGAGAUAUCAUAAAAAAAAGAUCUACUGCGAACAAAAGUUCGAUAGCAAUAUUGAAAACAUUGAAUAGACUGUGAAUUUUAAGCUUUUCGAUAUAUUUUCGGUGCAGAAAUUGGUUGACAAUUUAUAUGUUGGGUAAACGUAACGAUUCGAAAGUUAAUUGUAAAUUUUUUUGCGAGUAUUGUAAUAUGUGGCGGUAGAUCGAAACAUUUCUAUUCAAUGAUAUUUCACAGACAUAUAUGUCAAAAACGUACACGUGAAUGAAGAAAAAUAUAGUUUGAUUUUUCAGAUGAAUUGAAAUUGCUGAUUGAGUUGCGUUCAAACUGCGCUCAAGAAAAUAUUGAAUCAA